GGCCGUAGUGGGAUGAUAGAAAGUGCAAUCACAGAAGUCAUCACAACAAACUCUUCAAGAAAAUCAAUUAGUUAAAGUAAGAGAAAUGGCAAGCAUGGCUCUAACCACCUCUCUUUCUAAGCUCCAAUCAACCAGAGCAGUCAUCAAACGCAGCCCAUGGAGCUCUAGGGUUUUUGCCGGUGCAUCACCAAGACCUUUCCCGGCAAGUAGACGUUUUGGGGCCAUGGCUACCUCUGAGGCUACCGAUGCAGCAAAACAAGGCCGCAAUGCCCUUAAUAAGGGUAUUGAUGCAGCAAAGACGGGAAGCCAGGAAGCCAAAUCCGAGGCUGCUAAUGUCGCUGAGAAUGCGGCUCAAAAGACAAAGGACUUGGCAGGGAAGGUGUCAGACACUGCACAAGAUGCUGCCGGGAAAGUGAAGCAAACUGCGGAAGAUGCAUGGAGUUCGGUUAAGGACACCACCCAGAAAAUCAAAGACACCGUGGUGGGCAAGGCGGAGGAGUCCACAGAAAGCAUGAAGGAGCCUAUGAGGGAAGGAGCAGCAAAACUCAAGGACAACAUGAAGAAUUAAGCACUUUUCCACUCUUUUUUUGCAUACCAGUCUUCAUUUGAAUUUAGGAAUAAUUUUCCACUUGAUUCUUUGGUGAGAGAAUACACAAGAAUCAAGUUAAUAGAUUGUUUCGCCCAUUUUUAUGUGUUAUUGAGCGAUCCAUCUUGUACUGCUCAUAUACUUUCGUUUAUUAAUUUUUUUGGUGUGUAUGAAAGAUAUUUUGUAGCAUUAGUUACUAAAAAAUGAAGAAUUAAGAACUUUUUACU